AUGGAAGUCCAAGCCUCGGCCGUCACAGCGGCGGCCGCCAACUUGCACGCUCUGCGACAGCACGUCUUCAAGAUGUCUGAUUAUUGGCAGCAGCCGCAACGAGGCCCGCCUCAGCAUUCACCGGGGAUACAGCAUAGCCCAAUAUCAAACUCAACGCAACAGCAACAGCAUCAGCAGGUUUCGCAGAUGCACAGUCCCCUUGGCCAACAACAGCAGCAACAACAACAGCAGCAAGCGGCGGUGUCGCAGGUGCAACAAAAUGCCAACUCUGGCCUAGGACAAACGACGAGUCCGCAACAACAAUUGCAGCAACAGCAGCAACAGCAACAGCAACAACAUGCGAUGUCGAUGAAUCAGCAGGCCGCUCAGAGUGCGCAACAUCAAUCUUCCCCGGCACCCACGACACCGUCACCCCAUGCGGAUCACCAAGGUGCCAUCGCCUCGAGCAUGGCCCAAAGUCUCCAUACGUUGGCAGCACAGGCCCAACAGAGCAUGUCUCAAACGUCAAGCCCAUCGCUGGGCGUUCAAGCUGCCCAAGCUUUAAGCCAAAACCUAGGGCAAGCAUUGACGCAGGCCCUCACUCAAAACAUGCAACAGAACCUUGGUCAAACGUUGCAGCACAAUCUGGCGCAAAGUUUGACGCCCAAUCUGUCGCCUCAACAACAACAGCUGCUAAACCAACCGCAGAACCUAAGUCAAACCAAUCAAAGCUUGCAGAAUAUUCAAAGUCAGGCGCAAAAUCUUUCGCAGACGUUACAACAGCAGGCUCAAAAUUUAACGCAAAACCUCAGCCUGAGUCAACAACAGGCAUUGCAGCAGCAGGCACAGAAUCUCACGCAAAAUCUUCAACAACAGGCGCAAAACUUGACGCAAAAUUUGCAACAGCAAGCACUUAAUAUGGCCGGUACGAUCGGGCAAAACGGUGCGUUAACCGGUAUGAACAUGUCGGGCAGUCAACAACAAAAUUCUCAGAAUUCGAUGCUUAGUCCUGGCGCGACCAGCCAAGACUCCCACGACGCUACGCUCACGGAGAAGCUCGUCAACGAGUUACAGUCUCGUGCCUCUGCGGCGGGGCUUGGUGGUGCGGGAGGUGCUGGCGGAGGCGGAGGAAUGGGCAACAUCAGCGAACGCACCCUCGAGGAAUGCUGGUCCACCCUGCAGCGAUUCUUCUCGCAGAUCUUCAUGCACAAGAGCGCGAUGCAGAUGCACGCGAGGGAGCUGGGUGCUGGCGCACUGACGGCAAGACCCGGGGGUGGCGUCGCAGGAGGCCUCGCGGGUCUCAGCGUCGGUGUUGGCGUUGGCGUCGGACCCGGGGGCAUGAUCACCGGUAACGAGGUCAAACCACACCAGUGCCAGCAAUGUCUCAAGUCCUUCUCGAGCAAUCAUCAGCUCGUGCAGCAUAUCAGGGUUCAUACCGGCGAGAAGCCCUAUAAGUGCAGCUACUGUGACCGCAGGUUUAAACAACUUAGCCAUGUGCAACAACAUACCAGGCUACACACGGGUGAACGACCGUACAAGUGCCAUUUACCGGACUGCGGACGGGCUUUCAUCCAACUAUCGAACCUUCAGCAACAUCUUCGGAAUCACGAUGCCCAGGUGGAAAGGGCGAAGAACCGGCCGUUCCACUGCAACAUCUGCGGGAAGGGCUUCGCCACGGAGUCCAGCCUCCGUACCCAUACGUCGAAGGUCAGUCAUGAGUUGCAACAGCGUGUUGUGUUCCAGCAACACGCCGCCCUGAUCGGCGGCCCGAACGCAACCAGCUGUCCUGUCUGCCACAAACUCUUCCUCGGUGGCGAAGCUCUGAUGGAGCACAUGAAGCACACCCACAAGGAUCCAAAUGCCUCCGGCGUUGCCAAUGAUGGUGAUGAUGAUGAUGAUGAUGCUUUCGUUCCUUGGGACGCUUUAUCCUGCUUGGCAUUGACCUUGAAAUUGUCUCGCCCUAUUGUUCCCUCCGCUGACUGCACAACCUCCGUUGCCGGGGUUUACCUAGCGAAGCGACGGACGGCCAACCACCCGUGCCCGGUGUGCGGAAAACACUACGUCAACGAGGGUAGCCUUAGGAAGCAUCUAGCCUGCCAUCCUGAGACCAGUCAACUUAGCACGAGCCUCAGAAUGUGGCCGUGCUCGGUGUGUCAAGCGGUCUUCACUCACGAGAGCGGUUUGUUGAGUCAUAUGGAACACAUGAGGAUGGAUCCGAAACAUCAGUUCGCGGCGCAAUACGUGUUGAGUCGCGCGGCGGCCGAUAGGAGAGAAAGGGAAAUUCUCGCGAGUUCGAGUCUAGGUGCGGGGCUAGGUGUUUUGGGAGGUCAAUCUGGAGGACCACAAAAUUUGCAGCAACCACCGAUGUGCCCAUCGCCGUCGGCCCACUCCGAUAGCAGCAGUGGAAACGGACGGCUAUCGUCGGCCGGAAGUGAACCUGAUUUCUGCGCAGGCACCGGUCUAUUGAACAACAACAACAAUAACAACAACAACAACAUGGCAUCGCCAGGACCCAGCGGUAACAAGCUGAGUGAAAUGUUGAGAGCGGGCAGUCAGCCGGGUUCCGCGCAACAGUAUCACGACGAGAUGCAAUCGCAACAACAACGCAUGGCCGUCAUGGCCGCCGCCGUGUCAGCGGGUCUACAAAACUCGGUGUCGCCGAAUUUGUCGCCCGUAGAUAUGGCGUCGUUAGCGGCAGCCAUGAGGAUGGGUAACAACGGAGAUAUGAGCGGCAGUGCUCAAGGAUCAGCUGGAUCUCAACAACAAAGUGUCCAGGCUACUGGGCCCGAACAAGCUCUGAGAAUGCAUCAAGCGGAAGCUUUGUUACGUUCUCAAGCUGAAGCUGCCCUUCGGCUAGCGGUGUCCCAGGCAGCGGCCGCAGCGGCAAGUUCAGCGGUUGGGGGAGAUGUAAGACAUCAUCUAACGCAACACAAUGGCGGCGGAACUUCCGGUAUACCAGGACAUCACGCGAAUCAACAAAUGUCACAACAAGACAGCUUGUCGCCCGAGUUCGGGGAAGCUCUACGCCUACAGGAGCAACGAUUAGAGCAAGCCCUAAGGCUUCAUGGUGACCCACGCGCCCUGAGUUUUACCAUCCAGCAGGUGGUCAAUCAACAGAACAAUCAGCAACCAUGAAAGUUCAGUUACUACUGAGACGAGUGGACCCCUUGGACGCAAGAGCAGACGGCUCUGCAGCAAGUCGAGCGUAUGAACCAACACCAGCAGCAGCAACAACAACAGCAACAUCAACAACAAGCGCCGGAACGCUUGACACCUUUAAAUAAUCAUCAGCAGCAGAGCUCGUCCGGCAUCGGCCAUCACCAGCAUCAGCAACAACAUCAUCAAGAGGAUCGAGGUGUCAAGAGGAAAGUAGAAGACAUGCUCGGUAAUGCUGAAAACGCGUAAAAAGCGGUGCGUUCAAGUGCGGUCAUCAACGAAUUCGCUCAACGUCUCAGCAGUAUGAAAAUGAAAAAUAAACGAAAGAAAAAGCGCGCGGAAGUUUGAAAUAAAAGACUUCGUAGGCGGACCGGACGAUUGUUUUUCAAGAAAAACACGGCCCGAACUCCGUUAGUUUUCGCGAACCUCGCGAGAUCAACGAGCCGAACUUGUUUAGCCGUAUUGAAACUCGAUACUCCGUUCGAUUCAAAUGAUCCAUCGGAGACGAUAUUAGAGAUGUAGGUACGGCUAAUCCGUUGCACGGUGUCGAUUCAACGUAACAGUGGCGACGCUUGCCUCCGACUUUUACGAUGUUCCUCGCGUCGUACACGCUGUUCCUAUUUCGGUCCUAAAGAAAAAAAAAAAAAAGAAAAAAAAAACAAAUGUACUGAUCUCGAUCGAGAACGUCGUGUACGCGACACCAGAAAAGAAGAGAGACAGAGAGAGAGAGAGAGAGAGAGAGAGAGAGAGAGAGAAGAAAGAGAGAGAGAGAGAGAGAGAGAGAGAGAGAGAGAGAGAGAGGGAAAUAGAAAGAUAGAAAGAAGAAAAACAGAGAGUGCUAUAUUAUUGGUGUUUUCGCGUGUAAAAAAAAUGGACGUUCUCGGGUCGUCUUCCGCCGACCCUUUUCUCAAAUCGCGAAUGAUACCAAUUGUACUGCAACAUAGAAGAUUCUGCAACUAUAGAAGAUAAUACUAACUCUAUCCUCUUCUACUUUAAGAUCCUCUGAGAUCACAGGUACGCGUCGCCACCGUUACGACCUUGUGUCGUCACCCGAAACGUGCCAUAAUGAAUGAAUGGAAGACCGUAGUCGUUCGACUCGUCCUCGUUGUGUGUACUAACACGACCACUCCUCGUCAGUCGGUCGCGUUCCGUAUUGCCUUGAGGACGUGUGACGCGGUACUUAUAUGACUUUUUUUAGUACAAGAGCCAUAACGACGGUCAACGAGAAUUCACAUGAUCAAGUGAUCCUCAAGUCCGAUUCGCGGUUCAACAACCGAGCUAUAUGUAUAUUUAUAUAUUUAUAUAUACAUAUAUAUAUAUAUACAUGUAUAUAUAAUGUCCGCACGAACAUCGGUCAUUAUAUAUGUAUAUGUAUAUAUACAUAUAUAUAUAUAUAUAUUUAUAUUUAUAUACAUAUGUAUGUACAUGUAUCUAUGUAUGUAUGUAUACAUACAAGCCAGUCUCAAGGUUCCCUUAAUCUUAAUCUCCUGUAACGUUUAAGAAGACGAAUAACACGCGAUACACACAGAAACACAGAUGAAAAAUAGAAAGAAAAUGGAUAGAGUCGGAGUGAAACCGCCGUACACGUAUACGUGCGUCGACAAAACGAUGAGAAGAUCGGUCGCAGCACUCUUUCGAGCGAGAGAUAAACCCUUCUCCUCGUAAUCGUAAUUCACGCUUACGGCUACGUGAAAGCACACAUAUUAUAUACACGCAUACACACAAAUAAACUCCGUGAAGAGAAGAAAGAAAAUAGGAGGGCCGAACGUGUUUCUCAACGAGCGUGUCGCGUUCCCGAAAAACAAUCCAAACGAGUGUGAAAGAACGUUAGUGAUAAACACACACGCAGAGAUUCACACACACACACACACACAUACAGGCACACACACACGUAUAUAUAUAUAUAUAUACACACGCUAAUAUAGCGUGGACAAAUGGGGAACGCAUCACACGCAUAUAACCACACACGCACGUAUAGACAUUUGGUAGGACACACUCUGUACACAUUAAGCACAUACUGAAAAUACAGUUACUGGUAAGAUACACAUAAAUAAACACACACACAUACAUAUAUAUAUAUAUACACACAUAUACACACAUACGUACUGUGUAAACUCUUGAAGAAAAAAAAUGCGCGCAACUUGUGCUCGUGAUAGCACGAAAACUAUUAGCUCGUAAGCGGACAAACAAAAUAUAAUUAUUACAAACAGUUAUAUUAUAUAUAUUAUAUAUACAUACAGAGUAUGAAGAGUAUGAUGGAAGAAGCGAAGAGAAACAAAAAAGAAAAAAAAAGAAAAGAAUAGUGCACGGGUGCGAAAAGAGAGAAAGAGAGGGAGAGAGAGAGAGCGAGAAAGAGAGAGUGUGUGAAAGAGAGAGAGAGAAAGAGAGAGAGAGAAAGAGUAGAAAGUCACCCGAGUAAAGCACGCAAAACACACAUUUUAAAAUGAAAAAAAAAAAAAAAUUUGAGCGUGAAUGCGAACGAACGUUUUUCGUGUGCGAGCACGCUCGAGAUGAUGAUGAAGAGAUAAAUAAAAAAAAAACUAAAUGCUAAAUAUUAUAUAUAUAUUAUAUAUAUAAAUAUUAUAAAUAAUGAAUAUAGGGUCUAUGAGACUAGGAUAGUUAGGCGAAAGAGAAAUUUCGUGCGAAUGAGGCGAGCGCAUCUGUGCGAUUUUAUGCGAUUCCAAGUAUCUUCGCCGAGAAAAUGUAUAAAUACGAAGAAUGAUUGAGAAAAAGAGAGAAAGAGAGAGAACGAAUGAAAGUUAGUGAGAAUGAGUAUGAAUCUACGAGUGAAAGAGAAACAGAGACAGAAGCAAUAACGAAAGAAAGAACGAGUGAAAGAGAUCGAUGAAUGAGGCGACGAAAUUGGAAACGACGCGUAAACGCACGGAUGCGCACGCAGUGCGAAUGUUAGAAUCGAGCAAAUGAGAAUGCUUCGUGAGCAUCAAGGAAGAGAACGAAUGCGUGAAGAUUAAAAAAAAAAAGCGGAGCGUUUGAGAUUUUAGAAUGACGUGCUUCAGGUAAUCUGAGGUCCUGUGAUCGUUAUAAGCGAAAUAUUUUUUUAUUUCCGGGUAAUAUAUCUGAACGCGUAAAGCACUUGCGUCGUUUCGAACUUUUACUUGCAAUAUACCGUUACGUUCUCGCAAUACUUAGGAAGAAAGGAGAUUGAACAAAAGAAAAAACGAAAAAGAAUAAAAUAAAGACGAAUAAGAAGAGAAAUGGAUGAGAGAAAAAAAUAAUACGAAGAUGAGGAUGACGAAAGGAUGAUGAAAGUGUAUCGUAAAAAGUCCGUACGUUUUGACCAUGGAGCGAACUAUAGGAAAAAAAAAACUCGAGCCAACCCCCUUUGACCUUUUCAAAAGGCGACCAUUCAUACUUUAGAAUCCUAUUUAACCUUUCAUGUUACUUCACCUAAACCUUCACCAUCACGGGAUGAACAAAUCUUUCGAUCUAGUUUCCAAUCUCAUGUCAUUUAAAAAAGAAAAAUAACAAAAUAAAAAAUAAUAUAUCGUGGAUCGUCCGUACUUUCGAUGGGAUUUCUUUCGACAAUUUCAAUUAUAAGACGAAUAUUGACGCUAUAUAUGCGCUAAAUCGACGAGAUAACGAAACUGAAUUUUACAAUGUUAAUCAUUCGCGGACGUAACAAUGAUUGAAAGCGGGAGAUAAUAAUAAUAAUGAUAAUGAUAAUAAGACCUACAAAAAGUGAAAAUAAAAAAUAAACGGAGCCCUCUUUCGGACAAAGAAAAAACGAGAAAAAAAAACAGAAGACAAAAAGAAAAGAAAGAAAAAGAAAAAUCAAUGCCGACGGUAACGGUAAUUAUUCGGAAAAAAUAAUAAAAAAGUAUAUAGAGGGUUGAUUAAAAAUUAAAACGGAUCGGAAGUACAAAAGAGGCGCGAUAAGAUUCGACUCAUUGUCAGAAGACGUUCGACUUCGUUUCUUUGACUGACAAUCGCGGAACUAGUAGAGUGCGGAAACGAAUGGUAGCGUGCCGAAUAUAAUAAUCUCUUUCCUCUCCCCUUGACAUACGUCGAACCGCGUUGUUGUUGUUAUUGUUAUUGUUGUUGUUGGCCCCCAUUCGGAGACUCUCGACGAGACUUUUCGUUCUUUACCGGCUCGUAACUUACUACCUGAUAAUAUCUCCCGCUUUUGUUGUUUCUUCCACGAUUUGAUUUGAUAAAAAAAAAUAUAUAUAGAUAUAUAUUUCCUCACGAGUUUCCUUGACGGAGAAAGAAAUUUUUUUUUCGAAGAACUAUUUCGGAGCAACAAAAUUUCUCAAAGAAAUUCGUUAAUGCCCUAUAAUUUAAUACCGUGGACACGAGAAUGAAAAAAGGAAAAAAGAAAAGAAAUGAAAUGAAAAGAAAUGAAAAUUAUAAAAAGUCAAAGGAGAUAGGAAAAAAAACCCAUCUAAAGAAGGGAAUCGAUCGAUUUUAAUUUUUAUGUUAAAUCUAGAAUGAAAUAACGUCGGGUUUUGGUGUCUCUCUCAUUUUCCCUUUUCAAGGAACUUGUUCCCGUCAAGUCCCUUUGUUCGCCAAUUACGAAAGUAUAGCCUAACGUCGUCAUCUUCGUUGAACGUAAAAGACACGCGCCAAGAAAAGCCGCCGGGUAAACAGGCUUUUUUCACCAUCCGGGACGAGAAAAGAAAAGAUCGCUAAAGGAUUCAUCGUCAAAGCUACAUUUUACAAUCGAACCCGCCUCGCGCGCGAGACUCCGGAGAUAUCGAAACUUUCGACGAUCUCGCGCCGCGGUCAAGAAAUAAUUUUGCGUCUCGUUAAAAAUAUGAAAUAAAGGAAAACAAUUUUUUCGAUCAAACGUGCCCCAAAAUUAACUCGAUAGACCAAAGCGCGGCGUAUAACGAGAAUAAAAAAACAAAAGAAAAUAAAAAGAAAUCCAAAAAAUGAGCACUCACGAGAAUGGAGAAACAAAAAUUAAAAGCACGAAAAAAAAUGUUUAACAGGAUAAAAAGAAAAAGUAAACUUCGUUUCCCGAGUCUCGCGCUGAGCGAUCGCGGGUCGAUCAUUGGUCGUUCUUAUUAUAAAGAAUUUUUACGUUACAGGGCGUUUUUUCCUCGGAUUAAGUAGUAUGUAAAUACACCUUGAUAUCACAAGCAUAAACUGAGAAUUUACUGGUAAACUUAAAGGAAGUACAUAAUGCGAAAUAGGGUUAGUUUCUAUGUAAAUACCUAAAGCUGGACGAGUGCAUACACCUCGUUCAUGCAACCAACGAUAAUCGUUUUUAUCGAACCAGAGCUUCUGUUCGUCGUCGGUGUACGCCUGGACGUCGAUGAGCGUUCCUAUUCGGAUUAUCCUCUUACGCUCGUCUUGGAACAAAUGGCGGUAAUCUUAAAAGGAACGCUCUGCGAGCCGAGCGUCGCUGAUCGGGAAAUUCUUUUUUUUUCUCGACACCGAUACUCUCACGCGCGACACGCGCCUAUGCAUAUACUUACACUUAUACUAACACUUAACACACUUAUGCAUACACACAGAUACACACAUAUAUACACAUACCACAGACACACAAAGAUAGCCUUGCGAUGGAUUGUACAGCUAUGCUAAAACAACAUUACCAACUCGAACAACAACUUUCGGCAUUAUCAUAUUACUCUUGCACAACUCGGCACCGAUGAGAAUUCUAUAUAUAUAUAUAUAUAUAUAUAUAUAUAUAUAUAUAUAUAUAUAUAUAUAUAUAUAUAUAUAUUUUUUUUUCUCUGACUUCGGGCUAGGGACCAACAUUCGGUUUUACUCAGCAUCGAUAAAGAUAAUCGGACCGACCGUUUAGAUAGAGUGACAAAAGAAACAACGUAACGCUGUUUUAUAUUUGGGACGAAGCAAAGAUCACGAAUUAUUUUUUAACCUCGUUUGUCAUGCACGUAUCGAAAUAUAAACGAAAAUUCGUUAAUUAUAGGGAAAGAAAGAAAAAGAGAGAGAGAGAGAGAGAGAGAGAGAGGGAGAGAGAAAGAAAGAGCGAGAGCGUUGGGUUGAUCGGCAUGAAAGAUUUGUGGAUGUCAUUUUAACUGCAAUAUCAUUUAAGUUGUGUUCUUUGAACAUGACUUGAAGGUUGCGAAAUUUUUGAAAGGUUGAAGCGAAUGUGCAUGAACGAGAGUGCGAACGAACUUAGCUUCGAGGGCACAAAGUUGAGAUUUAGAUAAACCAAACGGAAAAGAGAAAAAAAGAAAAAAGAAAUACUACAUAGAAAGAAUACGAUCCGAUCAGAAAUUUUUGAAUGACUUCGCUUUCAUACAAAAGAUAUAUAUGUGUAACGAUAAUCAACCAAAAAAAGAAAGAAAGAAAGAAAGAUAAAAAAAAAAACAAACAUCAUCGACCGACAAAUCCCAACAAUUACAAAAAUCAUUUCAAAAAGAUUAGAGUAAAAAUAAUAAAGAGCUUGAUUUUUACGGUCCCUAAGAAAAAUCCACGAAGGAAAAAAAGAGAAAGAAAAUAAAAUGGGUGCACAAAACAAUACGAUAAGAGUGCAGGAAAACAAAAGCAAAACAAAAACAAAAAAAAACAAAAAAAGAAAAAAGAAAAAGAGAAAAAAGUGAAAAGAGAAAAGAAAAAAAUGAGAAGCUUUCGAAAUGAUACAAAAAAGAAAAAAGGUUAGAAAACAAAGAAAAAACGAUAAAAUCAAAAAAGCAGUACCAUUUAUCACCACCAUCACCAUCACAAAAGAUAUAGAACAACAGCAACAAUACAAAAAACACUAUACCACUCUAACCACCCACGUCAAAAUCCUUCAUGGACGCGAGCACACGCACCGUGGACCCAUGAAACGAUUGACAGGCGAGAAUUUUUCAACAAAAAAGAUAAUAAUAAAUAAUUUAAAAAAAAAAAAAAAAGAAAAACGGUGCAUCCUGCCGUGCGCCGAGGGUUGCUUUUUCAUGUUGAAUGCAAAAGUAACGAGAAAGAAAAAAAAUAUGUAAGUUAGAGAACAAGCGCACACACACACAUUCGAACGGGGCAGCCAAUUGAAAUUUUCCCCGCUACCCAACUAACCUUUUCCAACCGUUAAUCUGACAGCCAUUAUCCCCGUCCAACCUCUAAAAACCAUCACCCCCACCCCACCCAAAAAAUAAUAAUAGAGAGUGAGAAAGAAAAAAAAGAAGCAUAAUAAAUAUCAAUCACACACAUCUCCGCGCGAGAAGGAGGAAUUCCCGAGGCGCCGGCCCGUGCCCCGCGAACGUUGUAUCAUAAUUUAAAAUUAAAUGAAAAUAAUAAGAAGUAACGCAAAAAAAAUAAUAAAAAAUAAAUAAAUAAAUAAACGCUAAUAAUAAUAACGCGAAAGAAAAGCUAAAAAAAAAAAUAAAUAAAUAAAUAAAUAAACACAAUGAAAAGCACACAACAUUACAAUAGCUCUAGUAGUGUAUGUUCUGUAAUCGAAGCAGGAAUAAGCGCAGAUAAAUGAUAAAAAUAAGCGCGCACGUCAGAGCGUCCACCUUUUUCAAAAAGAGGUGGGAGAAUGACGUGCCGCAAAAAAAAAGCACAAAAAAAUAAUUUACAAAUAUAUUGAUUUACAUAUGCCCGUAACUAAUAAGCGGGUCGGUGGCGCAGCGCUCGCGAGCAGCAUUCGCCCCAUUUGUAAUGUGCUCUCUCUAGCUCCUCCAUCCUCUUCCAUAUAAACGGGCAACGAUCUUCUUUCUCGUUUAAUUGUUCACGGGGGAUUACCGUUAUACUUAUCAAACUCGGGCCAGUAGGUAAAUGCGAAUCUUCGAAAAGUGAGGGAAACGGAGAAUGGGAGAGCGUACGAACCCGAAAGGUUAAAACGGUCCUUGUGCGAACCAACUAGACUUAAUUCUAGUCUAGCUCAACGAGAAGAAGACAAACCCGAUUAUCACGCUAAGAAAUGAAGAAAGAAAAAAAGAAAGAGAGAGAGAGAGGAAGAGGAAGAGAGAUAUAUAUAUACAGAGAGAGAGAGAGAGAGAGAGAGAAAAACAGACAGACACACAAAUAUGUAAAUUAUCUGAGGCGAGUCUAUGCGGCGAGACCCUGCAAAACCGACCCUAACCAUAAUCUUAAUCUCUUUCAUGUAAAUUUGCUAAAUGUUUAAAUAAUCUAAAACUUGCCAUAGCCCGGAUGCGCUGGUGCAUACUCCCAGCGCAUACACACUACAAAUACGACUCGACUUAACGAAUAAAUGCAAAAAUCCGCGGUAACGUCUCCAGUGCAAAUGACGUUUCAGGGUUGAGCGACGCCCACGUCAAUCAAUGGGAACGCCCGCGGUAGAAUUGGUAUUCUCGACAAGGAACAAUUCACAACAAGCACAGAUUACAACUACAGCAACAGAGGAACACGAGCAAUUACCCGAAUACAUCGGACACAAAUACACGCACAGCAAUUGGUAAGGAGAGCCCUGUACACAUAAACACAUUCUUAUUACACGCUCGACAAACUCUUACACUAUAUCUACACUUCGUACACAUAAUAAAUACACAUGCUACGGAUAUGUAAAGCCAAUUGAUUUUGUAAAUUGUCCAAAAAAGGAAAUUUUUCGUGUGAGUUUUAAACGGCAAAAGAAGAAAAAGAAAAAAAAAAAGCAAAAAAAGAAAAGUAAUAGAAAAAUAAUAAUUUCAAGAAAGCUUAACGUGGCAAAGCAACAAUUAAAACAUAUUCGGCCCAACAUUAUAUCUAUAUUUAUACGAUAUUUUCAUGCGACAAUUCGGAAUAUCGCACCGAUCCGUCUGGAAUGGAUUUGUUGGAGGAUAUUUGAAUCGGACCAUCCUUCCAGGUGGAAAGGAUCCAUACCACCGAUGAAAAAAGCUUCACGGUGGCUCGAGCAAAAGAAAAAUAAAAAAAAAUAAAAAACAAAUCAAGAAAAAAAAACACAUAAAGCUAAUGUUUUGAAUAAUAGAAAAAAAAAAAAUUAAAUGAAUCAGUAAGAAAACAUUCGCGGCCUUUGGCAUACGUUUGGAUGCAGAACCGAUGAUGAAUGAGCUUGCACGGAAUCCCGUGCGAUCUCCAUGGUCCCCCGGACUUGACGAUAGAAAACCCGGCAAUGAUACGAAAGAACUCUUCUUCUUGGAGAGUUUCGAUCCUGAUGAUGGACAGACAAUGAGGUGCCGCAAAGUAGUCCGAUGGACAAAAAUAUGAAUGGAUGAAAGGAAAGGAAAAAAGAAAAGAAUGAGAAUGAGAUAAUCGUCAUGAGAGACUUACGGCAUCUCGGUAUAAUCUAGUGAACUGUCUGUUCCACAAUAUAUAUAUAUACAUACAUAUAUGUAUAUAUAUAUAUAUAUAUAUCACAAAAAGAAUAAAAAAUAAAAUAAAAUAAACGAAGAAAAGAUAAAGAUGAAGAAGAUAAAAGAAGAAGAAUAAGAAGUCGAAGGAGAAGAAAGGCGCUAUUAAAUAAGACGACCUAGGAAGUGGCAGCGGCGUUGUAGGAGCCGUUGUUCGAGUACGGCUUUACAAGCAAAAACCGUUGGUUUGUUUUCGAUCGGGUUUUAAUUUUUUAAUGAAAUAAUCUCACGACGAAUAUCGCGUACGAUCGAGAUCGCUGAUUUCAAAUCGAAAAAAAGGGCGAAUGACGUAUGUGUAUAUUCGUGGCAGUGUGUAUCGUAAGUGCGCAGCAUAUGAUAAAACCGACAGUCUAGCAGUGCGAGCGCCUCGGCGGCAUUCGCGUCUUCACGCGGUGACCUUGACCGAGCCUCCGUGAUUAAAAACCGGAAUAAGUUGUUUCAAUGUCCACUAUAUAAAUGAAGAGCCAUAGUCGUUAUAAGGCGGUGACUCCAACCUCGAUAUCGUCGACGACCGAACAAAUCCGUCCUUAAUUUCGAUUUUAUCUAAUUUUAAUUCGAAUCUAAACUGACGAUCCAAUAAAUUCGAAUGCAAUUUGAUGAAGCUUAAUACAUCGUGUAACAAAAUUUAAAAUCGACUUUUGGAAAAAUUCUCGAUCAGUGAGCGAUAACAUAUCAAAAUUUAGGUAUACUAAUAUAUACCAAAAGAAAAUAAUAUAUUUGGCGCGAAAAGAAAAAUAGCAGGAGAAGGAGGAGGAAGAAGAAAAAGAAGAAAAAAAAUUUCGCCCACUAUCCAGGACGGAUAAAAAUCGUAUCAUAUCGCUUGGGAAAAAAUAUUAGCAAAAAUAACAUCCAAAGGAGUGGCAACUGCCUUUUUCAUUCGGACGACCAAUAACAACUGCGAUUCUCGACGAUGACGAGCGUUCGGAGUCAUUGCGUGGGUCCGUCACUGAAGGCCUCGUGAUUCUGACGAACGCGGUGCCUUCGUGACGGGCGAUACUCUUUUUCAAAAUAUUCUCCAAGUUUUCGUUAAUGAGAAUGUGUUUUUUCUCCCUUGUAUCCCUUAGUGAACCCUCUCCAUUCGUAUCCGAGGUGAAAGACCGAGUCCGAUCGCAAAACAAUACGAUUUAGAGACAAUCAAUCAAUCAGACGAUAGACGUAUCAAACAAAUGAGUAUAAAAAAAAAAGCAUACACACAGAAAAAACAAACGGAUAAAACAUAAAUAAGGCCUAAAAUGAAAUCGAUGAUGACACAUAACCGUCCGUUGAGUGGGUGCCUUCGUCAGGGUUUUCCGUUACAUUAAACGAACGUUUUCAAGUAUAACUCACAAUUAGUAGUGUUAUGGUAGAACAGUAAUUACAGUGUACCGCAGUAAACAAUUAACUAAGUAAGUAUACAGGAAGCACGUGGUCUUUUUCAGUGUCUACAGUAUCGUCGUACACCACCGUGCAGUGGAACGACCGGAAACACCGGAUUCAUUUCGCGUGCAGUUCCCUUCCCGCCAAUUUCACCUCUUACCCUCCAUCGUCAUUACUAAUCCAAAAAAAAUUCACUAAGCAGGUCGAUUCAAUUCAGUAAAUUCACAAAAUGACGGAUGGAUCGAAAAUUUUGAUCGAAAGGAAAAUACUUCGAAAUACCCUCCCAUCUACCCGUCCUACCGAAUCCGUCGUUUCGACGCCAUCCACCGUCCGCGAGAUCAGAGAUACAAUCAGCAUUUAACAGAUAAAUAUGAUAAUAAGUGUACUAAGUGUCCGUAGUUUAGCCAACGUGUACAUUGUAUACUCCAAUAGAGGAAAGGAAGGGAAAGAAGUUGGAUGGAUAUAGAACAAGAAAAGGAACAAUUUUAUAAAUAAAAUAGAUAGUUUAGAGAGGAGAAAGAGCGAGAGAUAGAGAAAGAGGGAGAUAGGGAGAGAGGAAGAGAGAGAUAAGAAGAGAGAGAGAGAGAGAGAGAGUGAGUUUAAAAACGAUUGCACGGUGGAGCCAUAUUUAACCAAUCAAUAUGAUUAAUUAAUAACAGUACCGUAACCAUUUGUCAAGUCGACUUAAUUAACAGUUAAGCAGAAUGCAUACGUAUACACUUGCAUACAUACAUACAUGCAAACAUACAUACACACACAUACAUACACAGGAACACGUGUAAUUACGUAAAAAACGUAUCCACGUAUCCAACGUGUAACACACAACAGGAACACGAGCACGAGA